AUGAAAUCCUCAUCCAUCAUUGCUGCAUUCAAUGGCCUCGCAAGCGUUGCUGCGGCUGUCCCUCCCGCCUGUCUUCUUGCCGCAUUGGGGCAGCAGGCCAAUCCGGCCAGUGUUGAGAAACUCUGCGAAAAUUUCAUGUCCGCCAUGCUUGGCAAUCUGACCAGCGUCUGCCAAAGCAACGACCUCAAGCCUGCGUACGAAGCCUAUGCAUCCACCUGCUCCGAGAUUGGCAUUAAGGUCGCCGAUUUGCCCUCGGCCUCGGACAUCAGUGCUGCUCCUACCUCGACUCCAGAGCCUUCUGGUAGCACAGAACCUGACGCGACUCCGACACCAACAUCCCCAACCAGCACCGGAGACAGCUCUCAGGAGUCGAAACCCAGCGCAGCAGGCGCCAUUGCGCCUCACGCUUUCCUUUUCACAGUCCUCGGCCUCUCCGCCACUGGCUUCGUCAGUGUGGUCUUCCUGUAA